AUGUCAGGACCACAUGUGGCCUCCUACUCAAUGGGCCGAUAUCUUUUUGCGUACUGUGGGCCUAGAGGUGGACUCAUUUCAUACCAACUUGGAAACGUAGUGUCGACAGCGUGUACUGGCAGUGGAGCCCCAACACAUGCGCUUGAGCAGUUGAUCACCAGGAAAGGCUUCAAUGAGAGGGUUGCUUCAGAAAAGCAUGUUGAGGCAGCACGGUGGAUUCUGGAGAAUCUCGAUGUUGGCCAUUGUUUCAAGUCUAUUGUGAGCGCCAGGACCGGCGGGUAUUGUGUAAAGCACAAGUGUCAUUGCCCUCCAGCUCGCUGCUUCGCAGAGGAGGAUCAUGUGUCAGAUGACCUCUACAUCUCAGGAUUCACUUGCAAGUUGUUUUCUCAGGAGAGCCCGUCACGAUACAAUCAUCCUUCAGUAGACUCUAUGUUUACCAAUCCUGUCUUUGAAGACCGGGCUUUGCCGUUCUUGGAGACAUCCAGGUAUAUCAGAUCUCACAGACCGCGGAUAGCGUUGCUUGAGAAUGUUGCUGGCUGCCUGAAGCAGGGCAGCAAAGUGUCGGCAGACAGUGACGGAGGAUACAAGACACCGAUGGAGUUCCUCAUGAAAGGUGAGUUGCCACGGUCUGGAGAGGACACUCCCGAACCAGUGGGUCUUGCAUUGAUCCCGGGCUAUUCCGUCAGAGUCUUCACAGUACGGUCGAAAGAUUUCGGAAUCCCGCAGACACGGACCCGAUUAUAUUUCUUGAUGCUGCGGGAUGAUUUGCCUGCAGUAAGUGCCCAGACUUUUGACCACAUCCAUCUGCUGAUCAAGAGGUUCCAAGAUGCUAUCCUUGACAAGGGGGGGUCCACAAUCUGGGAUGCGAUCCGAUAUGCAAAAAAUGCAAAACACAAUUUCGAACCUGCUGCUGCACAUGGCACAAGGGUGCCAGCACCUUUUGAAAAGAUUGCUUCUGGCCGCAUGCGGGAGCAGAUGACUGAAGCCCGCAAACAGCUUGGUCUUUCUGAAGCAGAUGAAUCGACCUACAGAGAGUAUACUUUGCAGUGCCGGAAGAAGGAUGUGAAUUGGGGAAUUGGCUUGAAUGCCCGCGAGGCUGAGCAGCUGGACCUGAUCUGGCAUCUCACCCCUGCAGAUCAGCGAGGGUCCUUGGUCACAGACGUGAUCAAAUCACUUCCCAGAAGAUGCAUUCGCACAGAUGGUCUCAGCCCAACGCUCACGACGAAUAGCAAGAUCUAUGAUUUUCAAUCUGGAGCUCUGCUGGAUGGACCCGCACUGCUUGCUCUGCACGGGUUCCGUUUGGACUUGCUCAACAUGGGCAAGACCUUCAAGCCCAGCCUCUACCGCAUGCUCUCAGGAAAUGCGAUGUCAGUACCCGUGGUCGGAGCUUUCUUGACUGCGGCUUUGCUGACCACAGGGCUGCGUCCUUGCUGGACGAUGCAAUAUUUGGGUGACGUUCUGAUGAAGUCCAGACCUGAUUCUGUGCUCUCAUCUGUUGAAGAUUCCGAGAGUGCGGAUUCUGAUAGUUCUGUGUAG